AUGUUUCUGCUAGUGGCUCUUUCAGAGGUCCUUCUGUUUGGGGCCUGGGUGUGCAGAUCGGAAGGCCUUUGCUCGCCCACCACGUUUUACAAAAACUGCUGGAUCCGACGAUUCCCAGGUCUUUCGAUCGAUCUGGAGCAUUCCCAGAAGCAAGGAGCUCACAUCCUCAACCUUUACGCAGCAUCCACUGCGGGACAAUGCAGCCGAGCCUGUUGUAUCCUCAAGGACGAUUCCUGUAAUUUGGCUGUUUUCUACUACAAAACCGAUAUCCAUGAUAUAAACUGCAUUCACAUGUAUUGCCCGGUGCUAGAAAGCUGCAUAGUAAAACCUACAAGCAGUGCUAUCCUCUACAAUAUUACACCAGGCAUCGAUCCUGACCUCCUUGUUUUUGAGAAGCUCUCGUUCAAAGAUAUAAACACCAGGUCUUCUUUUAAUAAAUGGGAGAGGCAUGGCGGAGCAAGGGUUGCUGACCUAGAAACAGGCCAGAAUGAACUAUCUUCCCCAAGAUUACUUUUCCUAGAGGCCUCCUCUCCCACAACCACCCCCAAGCCAGGAAUGGACAGGAGUAGCAGGAGCUCCACAGUAGAUGCUGCCCUUAAGAACUUGCCCAUCACAUUGAUGGCGUCGACUUCAGCGAUGGACCAUUCAGUGAAAGCAGCUGAGAUUCUUUCAGGGACGAACACCUCUACCACCCCUUCUGAUAAUGUCAAGGCAACCCCCGUCUCUGGGCUUGCACCCAUCCAGACGGUGUCGCUAUCACCUGGUGUGGUCCCUCCCAAUGCCAGCAAACCCUUGAACGAAACCAAAGUCUACAGUGGAAGGAACAACAGUUCGGAUAAUGAAAGCCAGCAGCCCACGCGGGAGAUGGCGGGAAGCGGGGCCUGGAUGCCUCUGAUUGUACUUUGUUCUUUGCUGGCUUUCACGGGCUGUUGUUGCUGCGGCGGGUUUUGGGCCACCGGAUGGAAAAAGAGAGGUCGUUAUAAACCAAGGCAGAAAGGAAAAUCAGCACCCAACCAGUUCAUAAAAUACACCGCCAUUAAAAGUAGUUUUUAA